UGCUCUGUGUACCCUGCUCCUAGAGGCCCAGCCUCUUUGGCCCUGUGACCUGCAAGUAUUGGGAGAUCCACAGCUAAGACGCCGGGGCCCCCCUGGAAGCCUAGAAAUGGGACCAUUGACAUUUAUGGAUGUGGCCAUAGAAUUCUCUGUGGAGGAGUGGCAAUGCCUGGACACUGCACAGCAGAAUUUAUAUAGGAACGUGAUGUUAGAGAACUACAGAAACCUGGUCUUCCUGGGUAUUGCUAUCUCUAAGCCAGACCUGAUCACCUGUCUAGAGCAAGGCAAAGAGCCCUGGAAUAUGGAGAGACAUGAGAUGGUGGCCAAACCCCCAGGUAUGUGUUGUUAUUUUGCCCAAGACCUUUGGCCAGAGCAGAGCAUAAAAGCUUCUUUCCAAAGAAUAAUACUGAGAAAAUAUGAAAAAUGUGGACAUCACAAUUUACAGUUAAAAAAAGGCUAUGAAAGUGUGAAUGAGUAUAAGGUGCACAAAGGAAUUUAUAAUGGAUUUAACCAGUGUUUGACAACUACCCAGAGCAAAAUAUUUCAAUGUGAUAAAUAUGUGAAAGACUUUCAUAAAUUUUCAAAUUCAAAUAGACAUAAGACUGAAAAGAAUCCUUUCAAAUGUAAAGAAUGUGGCAAAUCAUUUUGUGUUCUUUCACACCUAACUCAACAUAAAAGAAUUCACACUACUGUCAAUUCCUACAAACUUGAAGAAUGUGACAAGGCCUUUAAUGUGUCCUCAACCCUUUCUCAACAUAAGAGAAUUCAUACAGGACAGAAACACUACAAAUGUGAAGAAUGUGGCAUAGCCUUUAACAAGUCCUCACACCUUAACACACAUAAGAUAAUUCAUACUGGAGAGAAAUCCUACAAACGUGAAGAAUGUGGCAAAGCUUUUAACAUAUCCUCACACCUUACUACACAUAAGAUAAUUCAUACUGGAGAGAAUGCCUACAAAUGUAAAGAAUGUGGCAAAGCUUUUAACCAAUCGUCAACCCUUACUCGACAUAAGAUAAUUCAUGCUGGAGAGAAGCCCUACAUAUGUGAACUUUGUGGCAGAGCUUUUAACCAAUCCUCGAACCUUACUAAACAUAAGAGAAUUCAUACUGGUGAUAAACCUUAUAAAUGUGAAGAAUGUGGCAAAGCCUUUAAUGUGUCCUCAACCCUUACUCAACAUAAGAGAAUUCAUACUGGAGAGAAACCCUACAAAUGUGAAGAGUGUGGCAAAGCCUUUAACGUGUCCUCAACUCUUACUCAACAUAAGAGAAUUCAUACUGGAGAAAAACCAUACAAAUGUGAAGAAUGUGGCAAAGCCUUUAACACAUCCUCACACCUUACCACACAUAAGAGAAUUCAUACUGGAGAGAAACCCUACAAAUGUGAAGAAUGUGGCAAAGCCUUUAACCAGUUCUCACAACUUACUACGCAUAAGAUAAUUCAUACUGGAGAGAAACCCUACAAAUGUAAAGAAUGUGGCAAAGCUUUUAACCAAUGCUCAAACCUUACUACACACAAGAAAAUUCAUGCUGUAGAAAAAUCUGACAAAUAAGAAUGGACCAGGUGCGGUGGCUCACACCUGUAAUCCCAGCACUUUGGGAGGCCAAGGCGGGUGGAUGACAAGAUCAAGAGAUUGAGACCAUCCUGGCCAACGAAGAGAAUUACUGGAGAGAAACUGUACAAACCUGAAAGAUACAACAAUGCAGUUGACAACACCUCAACAUUUC